UUUUGUAAUAUUCGAUAAUGAAUAAAAAAAUUGAACGAUAUAUUCCAAUAAUGAUAUCUAGAAACUCAAAUAACGGUCGCAUGCUAAAUUCAUCUGCACAUUCGUAAAAUCGAUUCGUCGGAUGACGCUUGCGCAUCUGUAUUUUUCGGUGAUUAAGUAUACAAUACAAAAUAUAUUUACUACAGAGUAAAGAAUCGUAGCGUUAACGUGCUAACAACGGUUCUGAGAACUACCCAACAUAGAAUUUAUAUAAUAUUGCUGUGAUUAACGUUUGUUCCAUACAUAAACAAAUUUAUUGCAAACAUUUAUUAUCUAGUGAAGUAUAAACAUUUUUUUACUACUUUUUAUUUUAGCUAAAUUUUUGUAUAAGUUCAAACGUGGUGAAAAUAAUAGAGGAUAAAAACAAAAAUGUAAAACAAUGAUGAAUAAUUACUGAAAUGUUGCAAAAAAAUCUGAUGACAGUAAAUUUAUUUAUUAAUAAUUACCAAUGUAUCAACUAAGCACAAGUUGGCACGACCUAGUACAAUGAAAUAUUGCCAACAAUCAAUAACAAAGGAUGAUGAUAGAAUAUCUACAAUAGAAUCAACAAGCAUCCUCACAUGAUCGCCAAUAAAUAAAUCUGAAAGCAGAGGAUGGGAACAAGAAGAACUGGCCCAGGAAUAGUUUCUAGUGGAAGCGGAUCUAGUAUCUCAACCAUGAGUUUCGGACGUUCAAAUGCUGGCGUGCUAAAAGACAGAGCCAAUAUGUCUUUCAUGUUGGUAGUUAUGUUUUUUGCAGUAUUUGGAGUAAUUGUCUUGACAGAAAUAUUUCUCAUUGAUGAGAAACGUGGGAAUGGAGGAACAGGUGCUUUUGGUGGCCACAGAAGCGGGCAUCGUCUUACGUCAUCGCUCGAUCGACCGGAUUAUGAAGAAGUUAUAGCUGAUGAUUACGCAACCUUGAAAGGAGGAUUCGAUGCACAAAUUGGUUUGCUUUUGAUGAAUAGUAAUGCUGAGUCCAAAGCUAUUGAAUCUAUUCCAUCCGAUCCACGAAGUUUGUCGAGUCUACCACCAAGCGUUGAGCUUAAAUUACCAGCUCUUGAUCAAAAUUUACCAAUGACCGAUGCAGAAUGGCUUCCAGUCACGAAUACCAGAUACAAAUUCUUCGUAUACUCAGCAUAUUAUGAUGAUAGAGUCAUCAGCGGUAGAGGGAUAUUCAACUCUAAUAGUGGGCAAAUAUCAUUCAAACAAAAGGGGAAAUCAUCAAAUAAAUCUCCUGGCUUAAUACGAAUUAUCGGUGCUACAAAAACCAAGACUCCAGAUGGAGUAUGGUGUAGAUUAUGGUAUCGUGUUGAACGAAACGCAACAAACAUUACUGCUUCAGUUACAGUUGCAGCAAAGAUAAAAGUUAUACGAGAGAAUUGGAGCUUAAAAUACAGUGCUUGCUUUGUUAUUUGUCCAUUACCGCCAGUACCACCCAUUGAAUCACCAGAUCCAAAAGCUACAUUAACCCCAGAAGCUGUUAGUGUUGUUGCUAAAUUGCGCACAUUACCAACAAAUCGAAUUUUCAUUCAAAAUCGUCCAAAGGACAGACCAACUUCAAGGGGUAAACUUGCCAUUUGUGUUAAGCCUCUUCAUUAUGAUUACAACAGAGUUUUACAAUUAAUAGAAUUUAUCGAGCUUCAUCGACUCCUUGGAGUGAGUCAUUUUACUCUUUACAAUGACACAGUCGGGACAGAAGCCGGAUGUGCACUGAAAUAUUAUGAAAACCAAGGAAUUGUCAGUUUUCUGCCUUGGCAUCGUUUGGAUAUGAUAUCACAGCGUGAAAUUCGGACAGAAAACUUGUUUGCUGCGCUGAAUGAUUGUUUAUAUAGAUCCAUGUAUAAAUAUGAAUAUAUUGCUCUUUUGGACCUUGACGAAUUUAUUAUUCCACGGCAUAAUGAUACGAUACCGCAGCUUAUACGCUGGAUAUCUAGUAAAGUUAAUCCUAAAACUAGUAGCGCCUUCUCCUUUCAAAACGCAUUUUUUUACCUCCAGUGGGCUGAUGAUCCUUGGAUAACAGUUAGUAAAACACCCACUGAAGCUGGACUCAUCACAUUAAGAAAAACACGACGUAAAUCAAAACUUCAUCCUCACAAACAACGCUCUAAAUAUAUUUGUAAACCACGAGAUAUUGUUGAAGCUGGCAAUCACUUUGUCUGGGAGUUUUUAGCUGGACAUGGAACUCUUAAUGUUCCAGCAGAUGCAGCAAUACUUCAUCAUUACAGAGUUUGUGAAUUUGGUGGCGAUGAUUGUGUCAAAACGCCAUCAAUAAUAGAUAGAACUGCUUAUAAAUAUCGUGAUAAAUUAGCAGAUGCAGUAGACAAAGUAUGGAUGGAACUUGAAGAAAAUUGUGUUCUUCCUGAGCUUGAAGCAGUUCCUGCGCUAUCUCCACUCGUUCCAAGUAGCCCAAAUGAUAUACAAACGAGGUAGCAUCCAAAUUUUAUAACGAUCUAAUUCUUAUCAACAUUAUAACACGACAGCACAUUUUUUUCAUCGAUGAUAAUUCGAAAGAAAAUGAGACUUAUCAAAGUAUUGAAGCAUAUCUAUAUUAAAAAAUUGAUAUAAAAAUAAACGUCAUUAAGCUCAAUGCUGUGAAAAUAGAAUAAAAAAUAUUGCGGCCAACAAUUACAACAGAAUAUUCGCAGUAAUUUUUAGAAUUUUUUAAAAUAUUUUUAAUUGUUUUUAAUUAUUUUUUUAAACUGUAAUCAAUUCACUGGUACUAAUUGAUUUCAUAUGUAAAUAUCAAAAUUAAAAAUUGCUCAAUAUUCAUGGCCAAUAAUACUAAUUUACCAUAAAUGCUUAAACAACAAAAUGCAUAUAUUUUAGUUAACAAAGAUUCACCUGAGAUUGCAAAUAUAUAAACAGUUGCAAUUACGUCACAAUUACAGAUUAAUUUAGCUAUUUUAUGUAAAAAAAAUGUGUCGUAAUUAUAUUAAUCAUAAUAAUUUUAUUCAUACUGGUGCUUAAAUAAAUUUGGGCCAUCAUGGAAAUCAACACUAUUUGUGAUGAUUAAAUUAAUUUAUAAUUAAUAUAAACUCAUUAACUUAACAAUCUAUUAACUAAAU